CAGUUUGCAUUGACAUUUUAUUAAUACAUUCGUUUUUUUUUAAUUGCCACCGAUGGAUGUAGAACCGGCGUGUGUGUUUGUGUAUAAGCGCGCGACCGUGUGUGUAUUUAGGGUAGAAAAGGCCACCAGCGCGCGCGCCAAGUUCCCAAAAAGCAGAACCCUCUUGCUGUGUAUUCCAGUUGAUGCUGUUUAUCCGGAGAGUUCAUGCUUUGCGUCUUUGCAUAAUAUCAGUUAUUGCGGCGUGCGUUAUAACGCGUUACGACACGUGUACACACGAGGCCGAGCGCCCACGUGAAGGGAUGCCCUGCCUGUAUGAUCACGUGUUUUAAUAGUUAUAAUUGCACGUGUUUAUUUUCAGAGGACGUGGCUGUGGUGAAGUCCAUUAGAUAGGUAUCUGAAUUUAUUGUGUCCUUCUAAACACACACACACACACACACACACACACACACACACACACACACACACACACUUACUUUGUGCAGUGGGGUGUAUGAUGGGACCCUGAGGCAAGUUUCCAGCCUGAAUACACACACACACACACACACACACACACACACACACACACACACACAGUGUUUAUUAUUGUGCUCACCCAGAACCUGGCCACCGUGUAGAUGUAAUGUCUGGUAGAAAUGGUUUGAAGGUUGAUGUACAGCAUGAGUGGAAACCUCACGACAUUUCAAAGUGGAAAUUCAAGAUCAAGGUUGUCAUGGGGUCAGUGGCUGUUUGAUAAUUGUCAUGGGUAAUAACUCGUUUGAAAUACUGAGGACCUUUGAGGUUAAAAAAAAAGUGUUUUGACUUUUUGCUAUGGUCGCCUUCUAGUGUCCUCUGGUCUAAAUUAACAUUAUUACAAAUGUGUAGUGUUAAAUUGAACCUAUAGGGGCAGUAUUUACGCUGUUCAUUCAAACUUGGACGCACACAAUUGUGUAGGACAUCUUUGGGUGUGGUAGCAUUGCAUGAAACUUCAAGUUCUUUUCACUUGAACUAGGAGACCCAAACACAAAAUGUACAAUGCCAUCUCCAUGAAGAUCUGCUUUCCAUGGGUUGGAUGUGUGUGAAGAUCUUGGUGUAUCUGCUAUAGAGCUCAAACCCUAUUGAACACCUUUGGGCUGAAUGAGAUCUCACAAAUCUCCACCAAAUCUAGUGGAACAUCUUCACAGAAGAGUGGAGCUCAUUGUGAGAGUAAAUGGGGAUUAAAUGUGAAUUGAGAUGUUAAAAAUUAUGCAUUUUUUAAUAGAUAGUAAAUAUGAUAUGAUGAAAGGAAGGUAUAUGAAGUGUCAUUGUGAAAGGUGUGUGUGUGUGUGUGUGUGUGUGUGUGUGUGUGUGUGUGUGUGAGAUCCCUUUCAGUGUAAUGUCAGGUCUGGAGUGUGCGUUGUCGUGGGAAUGAGACAGCGUGGCAGGCAUCUGGAGGAUUCCACCAGCUCCUGGAUCCCGAGCGUCCUGGGUGUGCAGAGUGUCCGUCUUCGUCUUCGCCUCGAUCGGCGAACUGUUAGGGGGCGGAGCCUCUGGCAACUGGUUGAUCAGUGCGGAGAGACGGUACAACGUGGGCGGGGCUUAUGGGACACGACGCCACCCACUUUUUCACAGAGUCUGAUGAGUAUUCCUACAGCAGCAUCUGGACAGACAGGGGGCGGAGACAUGCAGUCACCUGGGGCAAUAAGCCCGUCCUUUCUCCCACCCCCAUCCGGAAAGAUUCCAGGUCGCAAGAGGGGACGGCCGCCGCUCAAAAGGCAUCCGGAAUAUCAGAGUCGCUACCCAGAAUCCCUCCCUCCCAUCAAAGUGCCUAAGAAGAGAGGGAGGAAGCCUGGAUUCAAGCUGAAAUCCAGGUUGGCGAUGACUCCGCUGGCUAUCUCGCCUCCCAGCAGCACUCCAGAACCAGACAUGAGCUCCAUCCCUCAAGAUGCUGCCACUGUUCCACAUUCUGCCACACCAGAGGUCCUCACAGUGUGUAUCUACGUGAACAAACAGGUGAACACCGGCCCUAACCUGGACCGGCAGAAAGUCAUGCAGCUUCCCGAUCACCUAGGCCCAGCACGGCCAUCCGUGGUGCUGCAGCAGGCCGUGCAGGGUUGCAUCGAUAGCGCUUACCAGCAGAAAACGGUCUUCACCCUGCUCACACAGGGCUAUGGAGGAGAGAAGAUAUCAGCCACCUUUGACGGCAAGCAGCACCUUCUGAGUCUGCCGGUGGUGAACAGUGUCGGUUACGUCCUUCGCUUCCUAAAAAAGCUCUGCCGGAGCCUUCUGUGCGAGAACCUGUUUAGCGAUCAGCCAAUCGCACCUUCAUCCUCGCCUUCGUCCUCUUCUUCCUCGGCCCACACAGACAAGCAUUCAGACGGACAAUCCAAGUCGACAGACUCUAUGGUGGAUGAUUACCACUCGGAACCAAUGGAGUCCAAGCGCUACUCUGUCGACCAUACUGACACGCCUUUUGGCGUGAUGACAUCACCGUACAUCACCUCAAAAUCCAACUACGGCUUCCGCUCUGGUGCCACCUACUCUGGGGGCAUUUGCAGACCAGCGGCCAGCCCCAGUUCAUUCCAGGAAGGAAACAGAAGUGCCUAUAGUCCAUCUCCAGAGGCAGGCGAGGCGAAACCACCUCCAAGUAAAGACCCGUCUCGGUGGAGUGUAGAAGAAGUGGUGUGGUUUAUCAAAGACGCAGAUCCUCAGGCCCUUGGUCCACAUGUGGAACUCUUUCGGAAACAUGAGAUCGACGGAGAUGCUCUUCUGCUGCUGAAGAGCGACAUGAUCAUGAAGUACCUGGGACUCAAGUUGGGCCCGGCUCUCAAACUCUGCUACCACAUAGACAAGUUAAAACAGACCAAGUUUUAAAUGCUUCUCAACACCUCCACAACACACACACACUUGAGUACAGAUAUGCGAAUAUAUUGAUCCCACAAACACACACGUUCUCUCACCUGGAGAUGGACCACUUCACAAUAUCAGGACAUAAUUUGUGUUCUUUGUACACAUUUUUUGGAUAACAAUAUGAAGAUUUUUGAACUGACUGCUCAUGAUUUGUCAUGGACCAGACCCGUACAUGGUUCUUUAGACUUCCCAUAAUUCAUGGAUCUUUGGCCACCUUGUGGUGUAAUCGAGACAUUGCAGCUCCCUAUGACCGCUGGAUUUAAUUUCUCCAAGAGCAGCUAAACAAGACUUAAUUGUGUGUGUGUGUGUGUGUGUGUGUGUGUGUGUGUGUGUGUGUGUGUGUGUGUGUGUGUGUAUAUAUAUAUAUAUAUAUAUAUAUAUAUAUAUAUAUAUAUAUAUAUAUAUAUAUAUACUACUGGACAGUGCGCAUCUCAAACACACAACAGGGCUCAAAACAUCUCCAUAACCAGCGAUAAACAGGCAUCGAGACAAACCCGUGGACCAAUCAAGAAAUUCAAUGUGUUUUUGCACAAGUUACACAUCAAUUCCCGAAAUCUCGGCACAAUCCCAGUCCAACUGAGAGGACCAAAAUCCAUGUGGACCCACGGCAAGUUUCUUCACUGAACACACACACACACACACACACACACACACACACACACACACACCUGCCUAAGUUCCGUAAGAUAUAUCUAUUACAAAAUACACUAAUGUUCAAUCUUUGGGAAAUAGUGCAUAUAGUAAGAUAUGGACCGUGAGGUCAAAGGUUUUUGGACACCCGACCAUUAAGCUUGCUAUGUCCUUUUUUUUGAGCAUCCCAUUCCACAUUUAGUCUCCAUUCACUCUUAUAAUGAGCUCCACUACUCUUGGAAGAUGUUCCACUAGAUUCUGGAGAGAUUUGUGUAAGAUUCAUUCAGGAAAAAGGUGAGAAUGGGGAGAAUCAUCCUAAAAGGUGUUCAGUGGGGUUUGAGCUCUAUAGCAGAUAUGUAAGAUCUUCCACAUACUUCCACUCAACCCAUGGGAAGCAGAUCUUCAUUGAGCUUGUUUUGUGCAUAGCUUUGAAUCUCCUAGUUCAAGUGGAUGGAAAAGUUAGGUGUCCCAAUACUUUUGGCCAUUUAUGGAAGUAUCCUAUAAGAUAAACAAUUCUGUUUACUAUUAAAGUGUAAAUUUUA